AUGCCUAGUGAAGAGGCCCGGAGUGCUUACGGGUACCCCAGGAGAGGGCACGGCCACCCCUACAUCACAGCUAACGAGAUCGUGGGGAUUGGCGUUCUGACGGUGAUCCUGGGACUUGUGCUGUUCCUCGGCUGCUGGUACUGCAGACGGCGAAAUGGAUACGGGAGCCUGAAGGGCAAAAGCUGUUACGUUGGUAUUCAACGUGCCUUUCCAGGAAGAUGUCCACGUGAGGGACUCGGUCACCAGGACAGUAAGCUGCCUUUUCUAGAGAACGAUUACGAACCCGUGGUUCCUAAUGCCCCGCCCGCCUACGAGAAACUCUCCUCUCAGCAGUCCCCACCACCUUACUCUCCCUGA